AUGUAUUCAAUAUCAAAGCUGCGUUCCUUUGUAGCCAUUUUGGCUCAAGGCAAGGUUGCUUGCGCAUCAAUCCUGUACAGGACCACUUUCGUAGCGAUGCACUUCGGCCACAUGUCGGCUUCCCUCCAGAGACGGGACUACCCGACUGACCAGCCCGACGUCCCGCAGUUGCCAGGUUCACUGGUGGGCCCCAUCAAAGCGUCCUGCGACUCCGACGACGAGUCCACGGACAACCCCAAGCGCGUGUCAGAGGCGGCGUGCUUGGCUCAGGGUCCGUCCAGAACAUGCGCGCCUGGGACCCCGAGGGCAUCGCAGACAGUCUGCACGACUCCACCCAGUACGCCGCGUGUGCGCUCCAGGGUGCCUACAACGCCGCCGCCUCCGCCAAUCGGGGAGCGCGCGGAGCCCUUGCUGUUGGCCCUGGAGCGAAACUGCCUGAAGCAAGUGCGCCUCGCCAUCGAGGCAGACCCAGAGGCAGCCAAGGAGCCGUUCUGGGAUCGCCGCUUCGAGUGGCCGCUCUGCGCCGCGGUCCGCCUCGGCUGCAGCGCGGAGGUGGUCAGGCUGCUGCUCGAGAACGGCGCGAGGGUCGACGUGACAAGCGUCGGCGGGCAGUCUCCUCUCCAGCUCCUCGGCUCGGGCACGGGGAACCACUCCUUCAGCGCCCACCCCAUCGACUUGAGGGGGAGUGCCGAACACUCCGCCGGGCACCGCUGA